AUGAGGGAAGCUAACGAGGGCUGUGCACCUUUGCUAGAAGAGAGGGUCACCUCCGCCUCCGGCCCCUGCAGCAGCACUACCACUACCGCAGCAGCAGCAGCAGCAGCAGCAGCUCCUGCUGCUGCAGGACGCGAACCAGCACCAAACGCAGCCGCAGCAGGCGGAGAAGGUGUUUUGCCGCUGCAGCACGAGAAUGUAGAUUCUGCUGCUGCAGCAGGCGAAUCAGCAGCAGCAUGUCACCGCAAGACAGCAGCAGCAAGCCGGUUGCCGGUGCAGCAGCACCCACAGCACCAGCAACAGCAGAAUCAGCAGCAGCAGCAGCAGCUGAAGGCUCUGCUGCUGCCUCCUCUCUUUGGGGGUCCCCGUUACUGUCUUAGUUCUUCUUCCGCUGAUUCUCCUGCUGUGUCCCCUGCCUUAGAGGGGACACUUGUCCCCUCAGAGCCACAAGGGAGCCCCACACUGCUGCUGUCAUCUGCUGCUGCUCUCGGUGCUGCUGUUAAACCCCAGCAGCACCAGCAGCAACAGCAACAGCAGCAGCAACAGCAGCAGCAGCAGAGGCAACAGCAAAGGGAACGGGGACAGCAGCAGCAGCAGCAAGAACAGCAACAGCAGAAACAACUGCUACUAGCACUGAAGCAACAACAGCAACAGCAACAGCAGCCACAACCGACGUAUCUGCUGCCUGCUGCGGCUGCGGAGACAGCUGCAGCAGCACCCGAGCAUCCGCAGCACAAGCAACCUGCUGCUGCUGCUGCUGCUGCAGCUUGUGCUGCAGAAAAAGGCAGCGAAAAUAGUCCAAGGGGACAGCCUCAGCAAGACCCAGUGCACGUAAGUGCAUCAGAUGACACUGCAGCAGCAGCAGCAGCAGCAGCAACAGUUGCUGCAGCAAAAGCGCUAGCCAAUCGAUGGUCAGCCUCGGAGGCCCCUCGAGUGUCUGCUAAUGCGCAGUGCAGCGAAAUGCGGUCCUUGACAGCAGCAGCAGCAGACGCAGCAGCAGACGCAGCAGCAGACGUAUCAGCAGCAGCAGAAGUAGCAGCAGCAGGACAAACAGCCCCAGCACCGUCAGCACCAGCACCGACGGCAGCAGCAGCAGAAGCAAGCAGCAGCAGCAACGAAUAUGCUGCUCCUUUAAGUUGUUUGUCCUUAGAGAGAUUAAUAUUACCUAUACCUGCCGAUAUAUUGAGGCUAGGGCCUGCAGCAGCGCAGCAGCAGGGAGUGCAUGCAAGGGAGAAGGAAGGCUGCCAGCAGCAGCCGCAGCAGCAGGAACAGCGGCAGCAGCAGCAGGAACAGCAGGGACAGCAGCAACCGCAGCAGCAGCAACAGCAGCAACAGCAGCAGCGGGGCAACAGCGAGUGGGAGGGAGACGCGCCAGAGGCUUCUUGGCAGUUUGCCUCCCUUGCUGCUUCUGUAGACCCAGCAGCAGCAACAAAAGGAGCAACAACAGCAUCGGCAGCACCAGCAGCAGUACCAGCAGCAGCGGAAGCAGAAGACGCAGAGACGGAUGCUGUUAGUUGCAGAGAAGGUCUUUUAGGUCUCCAGCUGCAGCAGUUGGCUACUGAGCCAAUGCUGCAUGCAGCAUCUUGUGGCGGCGGCAGCAGCAAAGUGCUGCACAAGAGGGCUGCAACAGCAGCAGCAGCAGCUGCUGCUGCCCCUCCUCCGCGUACCGCUCCCCGCUGCCGCAGCAGAGCAGCAGCAGCAUUUAAACAACAAGGAGGAGCGGCAAGACAAAAGGGCCUCCCUUCUUGUGAGCUUUGUGCCUCCGAAGACAGACUUAUAUUCCUUUGUGCUGCUGCAGCAGCAGAUGGCUGCCUUGCAGUUGCUGCUGCUGAUCCAGAUAACCCAGAAGCAGCAGAAGCAGAAGCAGCAGCAGUCGCAGCAGCAGCAACGAAGGGACAGCCGGACAGAUUUGCUGAGCUCGUAGCGGGGCUGUGGGAUCGAAGGGGGUCAUCCCCUGCAGAUUCACUGCAGCAGCAGCAGCAGCAACGACUGCAGCAGGAGCAGCAAGAGCAUCAUGGGCAACAGCAGCAACGCGACGAGGUUUCUUGCUGCCAGCACAUGAAGGAGGAAGACCAAACGCAGCCUCCGCUACCGUCACAGCAGCAGCAGCAGCAACAGCAGCAGCAGCAGCACGAACACCAGGAACAGCAACCUCCGUCAGAAGAUCUCCAGCUCAUGGAGAACGAGGAGGUGCCAAGCAGCACCAAAAGCACCACCGGUGAGAACAGCAGAAGCAGCAGCAAUAGCUGCAACAGCAGCAGCAGCAACAGCAGCAGUUGCUGCUGCAGCAGACCCGAUGCUUCGGGGGAAUCCUUAGGGGGCCUCUCUAUAGAGAUGCAGCUACUUGCAUGCGGUUUCCUUUCUUUGUCUUACACUGGCACUAAGCUGCCAACAGCAGCUUGUCUAGCAGAAUUGCAGCGUAUAUGUACAGGGGGGGAGCCUUGGGGAGCAGCAGCAGCAGCAGCGGCAGCAGCAGCGGCAGCAGCAGAAGACACGGACUCCCCACCAUUAGAUACCCUUGUAGGUGGGCCUAAAGGAACUGAAGAAUCAGAUCGCUGCGGGGAAGGCAGCAGCGUAAGAUCUAAGGGUGAUCUAGAUGCAGCAGCAGCAGCAGCAGCUGCUGCUUCUUCUUCUUCUUCAACGGCAGCGAGAGACAGCGUAUCAGCAGCAAGCACCGAAUCAUCUACAGCAGCAGCAGCAGCAGCAUCAUCAUCUGCAGCAGCAGCAGCAGCAGCAGCGUCCGUAUCAUCAUCAUCAUCAUCAUCGUUAGCAACAACAACCCCAACAACAACAACAACCCCAGCCCCAACACCAACCCCAACAACGCCAACAACAGCAGCAUCAUCAUCAUCAACAGGAUCAUCAUCAUCAUCAUCAUCAUCAUUAGGAGCAGGAGGAGCAGGAGAUGCAGGAGGAACAGAAUCAUCAUCAUCUACCUUAUCAUCUUUAUUACAUUUAGGUUCCUUAUUAGAUUUACUAGAAAGAGCACCAAAAGUAUGCGGAGUCUCAUUAGAUACACAACGUCAAUCUUUUUUAUCCUAUUUUCAAUCCCAUAAAACAGAAAGAAAAAAUAGAAGAGGAUUAUCACCAUCAGGUAGAGGUAGAGGUAGAUGUAGUAAAAGAUUUCAAUUCAAUUCUCCUACAGAAUUAUGUAAGGCAUUUUGGCGAGCUGUAUUAUGGAGACGUGCACAUGAAUUACAAAGAGGACAUGAUUUAAAGGCUACACCAGCUACUGCAGCAGCAGUUGCAACUGCAGCAGCAGCAGCAGCAGCAGCAACAACAACAACAACAACAACAACAACAACAACAACAACAACAAACACAACAACAACGACAACAAAUGAAACAGUUGUAGGGAAUAGUACGGCUGCUGCUACACCAGGGACAGCAGCAGAAACCGCAGCCGCAGCUGCAGCGGCAGCGGCUGCUGCGGCUGCUGCUGCUGCGGCGGCGGCGGCUGCGAAUGCUGCACCGACACAGAAUGGGGCAGGUGGGGCCGGAAAUUGUAACAGCAGGGGGAUGCAACAUAAAGGGUCUAGGUUGCUGCUGCAGCAUGCAGCAGCAAACUGGGCGGUGGCAGCUGCAGCUGCUGCUGCAGAUAGGGAACAGGAUGGGGCAGCACUCCUGCUACAACAGCAACACCUGGAAGAAACAGCAGCAGCUGCAGGUGCUGCUGCUCUCCUUCGGUUGCAAAGAGAAGAUCAGCAUCAACAGGGAGGAGGGGCAGCGGGAACAGCAGCAGGACCAGCAGCAGCAGCAGCAGCAAUCAACAGCAGCACUGUUGCUGCUGCAGUGGGAGAACUCUUCAGAGGGGCACAAAAAGAAGAAAAUGCUGAAGGGGGCCCCACAUCAGCAGUCAAGGGAAUGUUCGCGAUUGGCAAUAAUGGCUGGGCAGAUACCGCAGCACUGCAGCAGCAGCAACAACAGCAGCAACAGCAGCAGCAACAGCGGAUACAAGAGGGACUUCUAGGUUCUGUGGGAGAAGCAGCUGGAAGUGCAGCAGCUUCGUGCUUGUCUAAGGAGUUGCUGCGGUCUUUGCCGACGCUGGGACCACGCAGAAGGUGUAGCACAUCUGUUGCUGCUGCUGCACCUGCUGCUGUUGCUGCUGCUACUAUUGAUAAGGAGUUCGCUGCAUCGGCAAGCAACGCAGGCGGGCUUUUGCUGCGGCCCUUCAGCGGUCGCCCCCAACCACCUGCAGCAUUACCAUCGUCAUCCGCACCAUCAGCAGGAGCAGGAGCAGCAGCAGGGGCAGCAGCUGGAGGAGCAGCAGCAGGAGCAGCGACAACGGGAGCAGCAGCAGCAGCUCAUCCUGCCGCAAUCCCUUGCGGGCGUUACUUUAGGGGUUCUCGUGGCUUUUCGUUUUCUUUUGGCGAUGAGGGAGUAGCAGCAGCCGCAGCAGCAGCAGCCGCAGCAGCCGCAGCACCAGCAUCAUCUUCCCCGCCAUCCGCAGCAUCUGCAGCAUCCGCAGCAGCAUCCGCCGCCGCAGCAGCAGCCCGAGUUGCAAGAGGAUCCGAGUGUCCAUCUAACACAUUACGUUCUCUCCCUCUUAGCAGCACCAGUGUGGUACCCUCUAGUCGUAGCUGUGGGGGCCCCCGGGGGCCCCCAUCCCAUUCUGCUGCUAGUUUAGCUGAGGCUGUAGCGAAGCUGCCUCGGGUAUACGGGGUUUGCUUCGAUAAACAAAAUGCUUCUUUUAUGGCACAAUUGCAGCAUAAAGGAAGAAGAGAAUGUAAACAUUUUAAGAUUAAAAAAUAUGGUGAUAUUAGUGAGGCUUAUCAUGCAGCAAUUUCUUGUAGAAGAAAAAUGGAAUAUGCACUUCUUGCUGCACCUAGGGGUCUACCUGGUGGUGGGGGCCCCCAAGGUGGGACGGCCCAAGGUGGGGGCCCACAGGAAGGAGGGGGGGCCCCUGGGGGGGCCCCACACCUUAGUAAGGAACAUGGCAGAAGGGGAGGACCAAUGGAUAACACCGCUGACUGCAUACAUAGCAACCGCAGGAGAGGGGGAGGAGGGAAUAAACAGAGAGGCAAGAGGGGGCCCCCCGCUGCAAUACCUGAUAGCAGGGGGGGCCCGGGGGGCAGCUGCAAAGGAAGAGGAGGGCAUAAUAAAGAGCAGCAGCAGCAGCAGCAUGAUGCCCAGUGCCAUAAGACUUCCGUUGCUGCAACUGCUGCAGCUGCAGCAGCAGCAGUCGCUGCAGCAGCAGCAGGGAGAGGGAGAGCUGCUGCUGCUCUCGCUGCUGCUGCAGCAACCAACAGGCGAGGGCACUUCAGGGGGGGGGCCCUAGCUAUCAAGCGAUUUGAAGCAGAUGUUGCCCCUUCUGCUGCGGGAAAUGCAGCAGCAGCAACAGCAGCAGCAGCAGGAGCAGAUGCUGUUGCAAGGGCAACUGCUGCUGACGGUGAUGUGUUGCAGCGGCUGCAGCUGCAGCAGCUGGGGGCUUUGCUGCUGCAGGGCCCCCUAGGCAGAGUCCUGAGGAAUGCAGAUGCUGCCCCUAGGGCGCCACCGACAGCAGCAGCAACUGCACCGGCGGCAAAUACCCUCUGCAGCAGCAACAACAGCGCCAACCCCAGCAGCAACGGCUGCAGCAGCAACAGCAACGCUGCAGCUGACGGCAUAUGGAGCAAAGCAGAGCUGAGGGUGCGCCUACAGCGUACAGCGGCUGCAGCCCUGUUGUCGCUGCAGCCACCUGCUGCUGCAGCACACCGACAGCGAGAAGCAGCAGCAGCAGCAGCAGCAGCAGCGGCCGCUGCUGCGAGUACCCUACCGCCGACUUUGCUUCAGCUUAUUCCGUCGUCCACACUCGCAACGAGAGAUACAAAAGAAGCAGCCGCAGCAGCCGCAGUAGCAGCAGCAGCUGCUGCUACUACAUCUGCUAGUGCUGCACCCGAUGGAUUCGGCCUUAUAGAUGCCCUCCUUCCCGCAGCAGCAGCAGCUGCUGCUGCCGACACUUGCAGCAGCCAGUCAGCAGCAAACUAUUCUACAGCAGCAGCAGCACCUGCUGCUUCUGGCUGCUCUCCUAUGAUAUGGCCUCAAGGCAAACCCGCCGCAGCAGCAGCACCAGCAGCAGCAACAACAGCGGCAGCAGCAACGGCAGCAAGGAGGCCUCCGCUGACUUCACGUGUUUGCCUGACAGACACAGGGGCUUGUCCAGCUGAAGGAGUUUCUAAGAAGAGAAAGGUUGGUGGUGCUGCUCCUGCUGGUGGUGCUGCUGUUGUCAACAGCUGCAGCAGCCCUCCGGAGGCAAAUACCGUUGCCCCCUUGGCAUGCGAACGACAGCAGCAGCUGCAACAGCGGCAUUCGAUUCUGCCACCGACGCCCGCUGCUGCUGCUGCUGCUGCUGCUGCUGCAUGCGCAGCGUCAGACGCUCAGCAGAAUGCAGUUGUGCAGCGACAGCAGCAGCAACAGCAGCAGCAGCAACAGCAGGAACCGCAGCCUUCGCGAGUAUAUCUGCAAACAUUAUUGGAGCUCGCCACGUUGCUGUCAGGAGGGACUGAGCAGCAGCAGCAGCAGGUGCUGCUCCUCUUAGCAGAGGCUGCAGCAGCGGCGAACAUUAACGCCAGCAGCAGCGCCGCUAACAGCAGCUGCAACAGCAGCAGCAACAACAGUAGCAGCAGCAUGCAGGUUGGAACGCAUGCAUCAAGAGCUGCUGCUCUUACUGCUGUAGAAAGAGCACUUGCUGCUCUUACAAAUCCUACUCAAGAUAUAUCAGCAGCAGCAACAAGCCUUGCAGCACCAGCUCCUGCAGCAGCAGCAAGGCGGCCACCACCAGCAGCAGCAGAGCCAAGAGUAGCAGCAGAAGAACUGACAACUGCUGUAGCACUGCAGCAACUCAUUUCACAAGGGAAACCUCAGAGGGCCCCCCACCUGUGGGGCCCCCUUGUGCAGCUUCUGCUGCAGCAGCAGCAACAAAGCAGAAGCACUGAGCAGCAGCAACAGCAGCAGCAAUUGCUGCAGCAACCGAACGACCCUACAGCAGCAAAACGCCUUCUGUGGGAAAUCCAGCAAGCCAGCAACAGCUGCAGCGCGGUAGAAGCAGCAGCAGCAGCAGCAGCAGCAGCGGCAGCAGGAUCGACCCCCCACCCCGAUUCCAAAGCUGCUGCUGCUGCUGCUGCAGUCGUCAGUGCUGCUGCUGCUGUUCCCCUAGAAAGGACAGCUUCUAAGAUAGCAGCUCUUGAGUAUUCACCGCGGGUAUAG